AUGAAAUUAUGGGAGCUUGAAGCCUUUCUGCAGGAACACAUUCAGAAUUUUGAAAAACCGAAAAUUAAAUUGGAACAAUACAUUACCACCCCACAUUUAGCUUCUCAUACAUUGUAUACAGCACAAUUUUCAUUUGAUGAUAUUGAAGGAAAGGAGGUUUUGGAUUUGGGAAUUGGUACUGGAAUGCUUGGUCUUGGAGCUUGUUUAUUGGGAGCAAAGCAUGUCACAGGAGUUGAUAUUGAUGACGAUGCUUUGAGGAUAUGUAGUGAAAACAUUGAUGCAAUUAUUGAAGAUAUUGAUGAAGAUUUGGUGCCUCAUUUCGCCUAUCGUCUUGAUCUAAUUCAAAGUGACGUUUUUCAAUUUGAACGAAUGUUAAAAAUUAGAGCCAAAAAAUUAGCCUUGCAAAAAGGAACAACCGAAGAAGAAGAAUAUAGAUUAUUUGAUACAGUUCUGUUAAAUCCACCGUUUGGAACUCGUAUCAAAGGAGCUGACAUGAUGUUUUUAAAAGUUGCCUCCGAGCUCACGAAAAAUGCUGUUUACAGUCUUCACAAAACAAGUACUCGUGAGUUUGUAACACAAAAAGCUGCCAAGUGGGGCUUUGAUGUCAAGGUGGUGGCAGAGUUAAAUUAUGAUCUGGAAGCCAGCUACUCAUUCCACAAAAAGAAAUCACAACAAAUUCAAGUUGACCUUAUUCGUUUAAAACGCAAAUAA